AUGUUUAACGUGUUUUCAGCAGCCUUUUUAGACAAUAACUCCAACAAUUUUAACAACGGUAAUAAGCCCAUUAACAGCAAUAUAAAUAAAAGUAACAACUUAACGAGGUCUAUUUCGGCCAACGUAAAUAACGAAAAUGAUAGAAGCAAAAAUUUGCCAUUAAAAGAUAGACUGGCCACAGUGAGAAAUGUCCAAAACAUUUUGAACAAAAAGAAUUUAAAUAAGCCGGAUGAAACGAACAACAGCGGAAACAAUAAGGGGGAUGAAAAUACCAAUGCCAGCGGAGGCAACAAUAACGGAAAUGCGAACGAUGCGGAGAAAAACGCCGCCAGCAGUAGCAACGCCCAUUUAAGUGAAAAUGCGGGAAAUGCAGCAAAUGCAGCAAAUGCAGCAAAUGACGGAAGUAAAGCAGCCCCAUCCACCGUGGAAAACCAUUUAAGCAAAUUUAAAAAUUAUUCCAGUGUCGUAAAUGAAAAACAAAAUGAAGAAUUGGAGAAAAAAUUAAAAAAAAGAAAACGAAGGAGGAAACAUGUCAUAUUAAUGGAAAGAAUGAAACAGAAGGAGAAGGACAAAAAAAGACACAAAGAAAUGGGAAGUCACGAUAACAAUGACGAUGACGAAGAAGAAGGAGAGGAAGAUGAAAAUGAAGAGCGAACCACGCAGAAAGUGGUAGGAAGACGUGGUAGGCCAUCUAAGCGCUCGCAAAAUAAAUUGCAGCAAAAAGUACAUCAGGAGGAGGAAGACGAAGAGGGGGAAGAUAACGACGAGGGGGAUGAAGAUGACGAGAAAGAGGGAAAACAUAACCGUAAAAGCAAAGGCGAGGAUGCGAAAUUUUCCAAAAAGUUUUCCAACUCAGGGGACAGCACAGGAGGAAAAACAAAUACGAAUGAUAAUAACGAAGCAGGAAUGAAACCGAAAAGGAAGAGGCGGAAAAAAAAAGAAAUGGAGGAAUACCGAGCUCGUUUAUUAAAAGAAAAAAUGCAGCAGCAAAAUUCGUUGAGCAGCGUUUUAACCAAGACCAACAGUUUUAACAAUCAUAGCAAUGCUAAUAACAGUAACAACAAUAAUAAUGAAAAUAACUCACAAGGAGAAGUUAAGGUAAAGAGGAAAAGGGGGAGACCCAAAUUAAGCGAAGUUGCAGCCAUGAACAAUGCCAAUGAUAAGAUGAAACAAAAUGACAUAAGAAAAUAUUAUAGCAAAAAUAGCGACCAUCAAAGUAUGAACAGGGGAGAUGGAGGCGCAGAAAAUGAAGAAGAAAAUAAAAAUGUUCUUAAAUUAAUUAAUACCUCUAUACAGGAAAAUAAUUCAUUCAUGAAAAAAUCUCCAACCGAAAUUAUAGAGCUUGAAAAGAUUUACAAGAAUAAUAUUAAAAAAGGCGUCACCUGUAUCCCUUUAAAUUACCAAAGCAGAGGAGGAGGAAUGGCACUUAUAUUAAUAGGCACGCAAACGACCUAUGGCCCCGUAAAAAAUACCUACGGCUUUAUGACAUUUCUCAUUUUAGAUUGUGAUUCAAAUAAUUUUUUCAUUGACACAGGAAUGAAAAGUAACGCUAUUGAAUGCGAAAAGCACAUGCAGUUGUUAAUUAGCCCCGGUGAUAUGUACAUGUUUAAAAACCAGAGUCAGGAGGUGGAGGUGCGGCUCUUGCUAAUUGUGUGUAACAAAAUGAAUGAGCCCUUUGACGCGAAGUUACAUAUAAAGGAUCCAGAAAUUAACGUCCACAAGUAG